UAUUUCUCUCCAUCUAUGCUCUCCAACUUCUCUCUCUCUCUUUCUGUAAAGGCUGCUCUUCUGUGGUCAGGAAGUAAAUGCGCCUCUGUAAUGUUUCAGCAAAAGUCAUUGCAAAGCACAUCCGCUGUGCCACGCCAAAAGAGAGAGAAGUAAACAGGGUUUAUAAAACAACCUCUUCCUUAAAAUAUAUUAACUGGAUAGUGUUUGGUAUGCAGAAGUGAAUGGGCAGCACCGGAAGCUAACCAACCACAGGAGUCAACCAUGACAGCAUCACUUUGACCUAAUUCCAAGAUGGAUGCCCUGGCCAGCACAGAGGAACGAGACUAAACUAAGUUGAGCCAUAUCUCUGCUUAGGACUGAGUGAAGAGAGAGGUUAUGGAGGGGUCUAGGGUGUGCUCUCCUCUCCCAGACCUCAGGGAGCAAGACAGCCAGACAUGGCCCAAUAUGGAUCUCCCACUACAGAGCAGGCCACUGGAGGAGGCUAUUGGGUGGAGAGAGAUGGAGGAGCAAGUGAACCAGAUGGACAGGGAGGAAGAGGAUAACUCUCAUCAGACUGGAAGGACUGAGGAGCCAGAGGAGCACUGGGAUUCCAUGACUUUACCUGUGUACCCCAUGAUCCAUCCCAGUGUCCCUCUGUCCUUUGCCACGGUGCAGUGGGACAUAACCAACCCCUCCCCUGACAUUCUCUACCCCAUGACUGACAACAGCUCGGCCGAUGAGCUGGACUCCAGUGGAGCGGCCAGUCUGGACUGGACUGUGAGUCCCCUGUCCCAGCAGCAGCAGCAACAUCAAGCCUGUGUGACAGGAAUCAACAUAGAGCUGUCUGUCCAGGAGAAGACACAUAAUCACAACGGACCGGAGCAACAGCUGCCUUUGGACACAGACCAGGGUGAAAGCUCCCCUCGGGCAUGUGAUACACCAAGGCCAUAUGUGGAGGAGCAUGCAGCACACACACAGGAAGAGGAGGCUUCAGCACAAGAGCUAUUUGAGGACCAUGACUCUCUUUCAGGGAGACGUCCAUGGCCAGAGGAAGGGAUAGGACAGUCUGUGACAGAGGAGACUAUCACACCCUCUGACAUAGCUCUUAGCUCCGUAGAGACAGGAGAGUCCGAGACUAGGCCGGAUAGUGAGAGUUUAGGCUCUGUGCCGGGAGAGAAACAGGAACAGACUGGCACAGUCCUGACUAUACAGAUCAACCCAGAGCAAGGAUCCAGCUCUACGGACUAUGAGGAGGAGGAGGAGGAGGAGCAGACAGAACAGAUAGGACAGUCAGAGGGGAGGGAACAGUCGGACAGUGAGGAGGAAUCAGUGAUGAUAGAACUCUUAGAGCACCUGCCUGAGCCAGCUGAACUGAAAGAACAGUCAGAACUCUCAGAGAAGUCUGAACACAGUGGGCAGUCUGAGCCUAAUCACACAGAACAGAGUGAAUACGGGAACAAUAACGAGACAGAGCAGCCAGAAGACUCUGAGAAACUUGUAGAGUCCGACCAGGUAGAGCAUUCAAAUCAGUCAGGGGACGAAGACCAGCAAACUGAAGAGGCCCAUUUACAACAGGCAGAACAGUCAGAAGUGACAGACCAGUCAGAACAAUCAAAAGAAUCAGAGCAGACGCAACAGCCAGAACAGACCGAAUGUUUAGAAUCAAAACAGAUGCAACAUUCUGAGCAAACUAUGCACUCCGAGCGGACAGACUUUUCAGUGCAGGCAGAACCACAGACAGAACCAUCACAGCAGAUGGAACACUCUGAAGAUUCUGAGCAGUCAAAACAAUCAGGGGAGAUGGAGCAGACGGAGCAGUCAGAGCAGACCGAGCAGACAGACAAACCAAUACAUUCAAAGCAGUUAGAAGAAUUACUUUUCCUUUGCACAGAGGAGCUUGAACAGACAGAACAGUCAGACCAGACAGAAGACCAGAAACACUCAGGGGCUGAACAGCCAGCGCAGACUGCACUGACUGAGUCGACAGAAGAGCUUGAGCAGACAGAGCAUGUAGAACAAUUGGAACAGAACGUUUGUACAGAGGAUUCAUGUUUGCCGUCCAGGGAAGGAAGUGGAGAGCAACUGGAGUCUCAGGUACAGCAGACGGAGGCCUCAGAACCAGUGAUCGUCCAUAUGAAUGGUGGAGGUUUGGACAGGGAGAGGGCCUGCAGGCUGGCUGAAAGACUCUACAGGCUGGAUGGGAUCUACAAGACAGAUGUGGUCAAACACCUGGACAAAGACAAUGACUUUAGCCGAGCCGUUGGGGAGGAGUACCUUAAGUUCUUUGACUUCACCGGUCAGAGACUGGACCAAGGCCUGAGGUCUUUCCUGAGGGUGGUGGUGCUUAUCGGUGAGACCCAGGAAAGAGAACGGGUGCUGCAGCAUUUCUCCUGUCGAUUCCAGCAAUGCAACCCUCACACCUUCUCCUCUUCCGGAGAAGUACUCACACUCACCUGUUCUGUGAUGCUCCUGAACUCUGAUCUGCAUGGACAGAAUGUGGGCAAACCCAUGUCUGUGUCCAGCUUCGUGUCCAACCUGGAUGGGAUGAAUGAGGGUGAGAGCUUCAGUAAGGAGCUGUUGAAGGCUCUCUACAACUCCAUUAAGAACGAGCCUCUGGAAUGGGCAGUUGAUGAGAAGGAACUGAAGAGCUCCAUGUUGUUGGCGGAGGAUGCUAAAGAGGACGCACCCCUGCGCUCCAAGAGCAACCCGUUCCAAGAUGUGCCGCAUGACAAGAAGGCCACAGUGUUCAAACAGAGCUUCCUCAAACGCAAGGCCCACGCUGACAUCGAUGGCAAACGCACUCCUUGGGGGAAGAGAAGCUGGAAGAUCUUCUAUGGAGUGCUGAAGGGAAUGGUCCUCUACUUGCAGAAGGAUGAGUAUACGAUGGAGUGGCAGAGUACAGAGGAGGUGGUCAGUGUGCACCAUGCCCUGGCAGAGCAGGCAGCAGACUACACUAAGAGACCACACGUCUUCCGCCUGCAGACCGCUGACUGGAGGGUUUUCCUCUUUCAGGCCUCCUCCACAGCAGAGAUGAUUUCAUGGAUCAGCCGUAUCAACCUGGUGUCAGCCCUACACUCCUCUCCUCCCUUCCCUGCUGCCGUGGGUUCUCAGAGGAAGUUCUGCAGACCCAUCCUGCCAGCCUCGCAGUCUGCACACACACUGGAGAGACAGCUGCAGUCCCAUGCAGGCAUGCUGGAGUCCUUCCAGGAAGACCUGGCCUACCUGCAGCAGAGUCUCCCUGAAGGGCGCAGGGCCAAAGCCAAGGAGAUGGAUGAACACCGAGUCAGAGAGGAGUACCUGCAGCAUGAGAAAUGUCGCUACGAGGCCUACAUCCAGAUGCUGGAGGUCUGGAAGGGUUUGAACCAGUCAACCGAGACUGAGGUGGGAACCAGUGAGCUCGACCUGUUUGACAGAGCUGUGUGUAAGGACACAGUGGAUGAGGAGGGGGAGGAGGGAACCCUGAAGAAGUCCCACUCCAGCCCCUCCCUGGAUCUGGAGAUGGCCUCGCAACCCGUGGUCAAAGUUAAACGCAACAUCUCGGAGAGACGGACCUAUCGCAAGAUCAUCAUACCGAGACGCAACCAGGACAUAUGAGGGCAGGUGUCCAAAAGUGUGGGGACACAUUGAACUCUGACAUGACUUUUCAAUGGCUUUUUUUAGGACAGGGACAAUGUGUUACUUCCAAGGACAGUCCUUUUUAAGUUUUCAUUUUCAGCUUGCACUUAUUCAGCAAGAAGGCAAAGGUCAAUAAAACAGAAUGCAUCCCUCAA